GUCAGCCACGUUUUUGGAGGGAAGCGGAAGGAGGGUGGACGCUGUUGUCAACAGUUAACAGGAUCAGAAACGUUAGCGUUAGCUAGCUUUAAAGGUUUAACAACGAAAACAAAAACACAAACUGAACCAUGCCAGCGGGGAAAAGUUUUCGAAAAAGGAAAGAAGAGUCAUCGGAUGAAGAGGAAGCUGACGAGGUAACCGCCGAAGUCAGAGCUAAACUGGAUGAAGCAAAAGAACUACAAAGUUUGCGGAAGAGACAGACUGGUGUGAGUUUGACAGCAUUGCUUGUUGGAGAGAAGCUUCCACUAGAAGCAGAGAUUGAGUCUGAUCCAUUUAAGCUGAAGACGGGAGGUAUCGUGGACAUGAAGAAAGUGAAAGACAGAAACAGAGAUAGAACAGAGGAUGAAAAUGAUCUGAACCUGGGAACCUCCUUCUCUGCAGAGACCAACAGAAGAGAUGAAGAUGCAGAUAUGAUGAAGUACAUUGAAACAGAGCUCAAGAAAAAGAAGGGAUUAGUAGAAGCAGAGGAGCAGAAGGUCAAAGCAAAGAAUGCAGAGGACCUUUUGUAUGAGCUGCCAGAGAACAUCCGCAUUAAUUCUGCCAAAAAGACUGAAGAGAUGUUGUCCAAUCAGAUGCUUAGUGGCAUCCCAGAGGUGGACCUGGGAAUCGAUGCAAAGAUAAAGAACAUCAUUAGUACAGAAGAGGCCAAAGCAAAGCUGAUUGCUGAGCAGAGGAAUAAGAAAAAAGAUAGUGGCACCUCUUUCGUUCCCACCAACAUCGCAGUGAACUACGUCCAGCAUAACCGCUUCUACCAUGAAGAUGCAAAUGCACCUCAGAGACGUCACAGAGAGGAGCCCAAAGCCAGACCACUGCGUGUUGGAGACACUGAGAAACCAGGACCAGAGAAAUCACCUCCUAACUAUCGCAAGAGACCAAACAACGAGAAGGCGACAGAUGACUACCAUUAUGAGAAAUUCAAGAAGAUGAAUAGAAGAUAUUGAUUCCACAUUGCCAUUACAAAAGUAAACUUCAAUUCUGCACUUGGGUGGGUGUCAGAUACUUUCGUUUUUAGCAAACAAUCCACAAAAUGUGUGUUUAGGAGUUUGAAGAGAAUCGGGACACUAUGCAAGCAAAGGGGCUGGACCCACUCAGCCAAGAAGACCUGGCAGAAAAUGGAGGCAAAACUUCUAGCAGAAUCUUAUAUUUGGACAAGCAAAUGCUACACUGCAUCACUGUUAAGCUUGGGAAAUAGCGCCACGUGUGAAAAGGUGAUAGUGAUAUUAUGUAGAUCUCUUGUAAAUAUAUAGUGCUUACAAGUUGUAACUACCACUUUGCCAUGCCCUUCCUGAAAGCAAUAUCUGGACUUUCCCUUUAUAUUAAAGAUGUAUAAGAUUUCAGUUUAAAUCAGAAAUUAAUUACAAACAAUAUCUCCCAGAUAUUUUACAGAUUUUAAAAAAUAUUUCUGUCUAAUUCAACCUUCGGGAUCUCUUGUGUUAUAAAACAGGGUCAUAAUGUCUAGAACGCAAAUAUAGCCAUUUUAUUUACUAUCUCAAAUGAUCGGUGAACCUAUUCAUCUUGUGUUUGUAUACAAAGGUUUGGGUAUCUGGUCACGUUAUGAUUUUCUAGGCUAACUGUUCGGUAGCAUGUAGAGGAUGUGUUAUUUUCAUUUAGAAAAAUCCAGAGGUGUUUUUCGCUUGCACAAUGCUAUAUGUAAUAUUAAUAAUCACAAAAGAAAAUGGUGAAUCUGAAAGAAAACAAUUACUUUGUGGUCCAUCUUAUCUUAGAACAUCCUGCAUGUACCACUCUGCAAUUAAUGGAUUUAAAAAAAUCAUUUUAGGUAAUAAUUUCCCCAAACUUGUCUCAGCACAUUUUGACUACUUUUUGGUAACUUAAGAUAAUUUGAUAUGUGAGGAAGCCUUUAGAGGCAUUAAACACUUUAGAUAUCUGGUUCCCACCACUACUGUUGUGAACAAUUCUGACUUGGCAAGUUGCUCUAGAAUGUAGCUUUUCACAUCAAACCACCCUGAAUGACUAUUUAUGUGUAGGAUUUCCCCAUCAACACAUUUUGGGUUGCUUUCAUAAUGCUGCCCACUGUACCUGUAAAUACUAGUAUUAUGUCAUUUUUGUCUGACUUGUUUUCUCCAACCUCUUGGUUUAUUGGGAUGGACUGGGUUUUUACAAUAAAUAUGCUCUCUGAUUCAUAA